AUGGUCAGGACUACCCCUUGGACAAGGUUGAAGGGUCAUGUCGACAUUGAUCCUGUCGUUCGACGUACCGAAGCAGAGAGCACGUUUGAGUCCACAGCGGCGACUCAAUUUGAAGAUCAAGCGAUGGCUGAAAAAACCAUCAUCAAUUCGGAGCUGCUGCAAUCAAUUGUGGCAACGUUCCAGACUCAAUUCGACCAAAUCCAGAGACAACUGGCCGAAUUGAGGACGACAGUCUAUGCCCCUGUUCCGUCGAGACCUUUUACAGAGCAUGGCGGAAACCACCAAACUCAACUGGAGGAGCAGACCGGCGAGGCAAAUAAGGAACUAUUGGCGAGGGUCCAAGAGCUCGAAUAG